UAGAUGAAUUCAUACCAAAGGAAAAUUGUGUACUAUCUGGGUUUUAAGAGAGAUUUUAGCGCAUUUAACAGUAACAUUUUGAGACAGUCUGGUAUUAUUUUGUUGUUUCAACUGAUGAAAAUUGUAUUUUAUAUUUUCCCCUUUGCCAUCUCAGACAAGGCUAUGGUUGUCUGUCGGUACGUGUACCUGUGGUAGCCACGGUUGCUUUGUGCUGACGCCUAGCAAAUGCUGAGGCAGCACGUUACUCCUCUCCUGUAGCUGCCAAUAAUUUCCAGUGUUGUUUUGAUCAGGAUGAACAAAAGACCCUGUUAGAGCACCCAAGUGGACUGGUACAGGCAAGGAAAACAGCAAUGAGCCUUAAGAAUGCUGCUGAACAAGGUCAGGAAAAAAGUCACCUCUUGUCCAAUCAGCGGGGCUGCGGGUCGCUCUUUAUUUAGCACGUUUUACUGUUUUCCGUUCUCACUCAGGAAAAGGUUGGGUUAUUCACAGGAAUGUGCUUGACCCCACCUAGUACAAAUAAAAGGUGGUGAGAAUUCAGGGAAUGCUGCGUUUCCUAUAUGCAUGACUAUAGCAUAGGUUAGCUCACUGUGUGCAGGCUGGUGAGCUGCAGGGUAUGUCUCAUCAGGAUGUUCAAGGUUUCUUUUUCCUGAGCAGUUUGUAACCAGGGGCCUUACUGAGUGCUGCUCACUCCUGGCACAGAGUCCUUAAUCUGAUUUCUCUUUGUGCUGGAGAGCCUGGCUGUCUGGCUGCUUUGUCUGUGGUGAUGGGUGCGUUGCCACGGUGCCUGAUGUGAGGUGGGCAGCAACAAGUCAAAGUGAGUUUAAAUCCAGAGCAGUCACUAGUUUUGUGUGGUGUGAAGUGCUUUAAAACAAGGCCCUUCAAAGAUUUCAGCAUGCUGUGUGGAGCCCGAGGCCAGCCCUCACUGGCAGCUUUUGUAAACUGGAGCCUUCAGAAAUCCUGCGAAGAGCAACCCCCUGGCCUACGAUGUGAGCCCAUGAGAAACAUCCUGGGUUUGUUUUUCUUCUGUCUUGUUCAGGAGCCUGGCAGAGAGGCCAAAUUCCUAGGGCAUAACUUGGCUGUUCUAACAGACGUGUGCUAUCUUACUGGGAUCUCCCUCCUCGUGCUGCAGUUGCCUGAGUUAGCGGGGUCUUUCUGUCCACUCUAGCACAGGAGGCAGAGACACCACUUUCAGCUUUUUAUUCCUCCAGUUAUUUCCUAGACUUCUUGAGUGGGUGAGGCAGAAAGAAUAGUGUGUUCAUUGAAUCCAAAGCACAUCUGCCAGGAGGUGGAAAUUAAAGCUGGCCUGGUUGCUGUCCUUCUGACCUUUCUGGACACUUAAGAGCAGAUGGACAAACUUCCAUCUUUUGCUGGUGCAUUGAGUUGUCUGUAAGAAAUGUUUGCCAAGGCUGUGGUGGGCUGUAAGUGUUCGAGGGCUAGACGCAUCCCAUGGGUGUGGGGGAUUCUUACGUGAACAAGUAGCAGAAACCCGAGCAAAAAGGGGAGGAGGCAAGAGCGGAAACAAAAAUAUUUCACACUUGAACGAGUGCCAAGGACAAAAUUGGAUUGCAGGAAACUUCUGCACUGGUGUGGUGUGGGAUUUUUUUCUUCUCCCAUUAAAGACGAUGAACUAACAGUGUGCUACUGCCGGUGGUGGUGCUGGCCAGGCUGUGAGCCCAUCCUGUGGCUGAGUUGGCAGCAGGGUGUGUUACAAGAGAACCGGGGGGUUGCUGAGGACUCCUUCAGCUGGAGGAAGCAGUGUGGUGCCAGCCUGGGCUGGUCUCUGCGAUUACGUCCCCGCGGGUGUGCCGGUUAAAACCCCGCCGGGGAGCGGCGCGGCGCAGACACAUGCGAGCCGAGUGGAGUGGCCUCAGCUGAGGAGCAAUGGCAUCGGCGUGUCCCCCCACGGCCACCACGCAGCCCACCGUGCCCUCUGGACCAGCCAUCUUCAAAACCGUUCCCUAUGCCUUCAUGCUACCGGAGAUACUCUGCGGGACCUGGGUCUGGAUCCUUGUUGCUGCUACCUCGGUCUCUCUCCCACUGCAGCAGGGAUGGGUGAUGUACGUGUCCAUCACAUCGUGCCUCAUCUCCCUGCUGCUCCUCCUCAGUUACAUCUUCGGCUUUCACAGAAACAGCAACAACUGGAAAGUGCUGGAUAGUUUGUACCACGGAGCCACAGCCAUUCUGUACAUGAGUGCUGCUGUCUUGCAAGCCAACGCAACAAUUGCGUCUGAGUUUGAAAAUGGGUUCCCGCUCUACUACUACCAGCUCAACUGCGCAGCAUCGUUCUUUGCCUUCAUCACGACCUUCCUGUACAUCCUCCACGCUUUCAGCAUCUACUACCAGUGAGCACGGCAGAGGCGGCGUCAGCUUCCCUGUUGCAGAAUGAGGCUUUCCCAGAGCGAGUGUGCAGCAGCUGGCUUCCGCGUAGGCGUGCCAGCACCUCCACCAACCUCAGCGAGAUGCGGGUGCUUUUCCACUUUAUUGAAGGCAGGAUUUUUGUA